ACCUUAUGGGUCCCAUAAGCCCCCGUCUCUUGCAUAAACUGCGUUGCGACGCUAAUAAAAGUUUCAAAGUUUUGUUUCUUCUGUGCAUUCGUCCUCGCUUCUGCGCUUGGACAUGACAUGACAACAGAAUGAUCCGCGCCAGGUGGGUCGUGGCAUUUGUGUGCACGGUGGGACGGAAUCGCUAAAGAUAAAUCAAUUAAUUACGAUUUUGACUUCCGUUUAUUCGGGCCCCAGGGUCCCACCAUAAGGUUAAUUUGGCUGCUGCCACAUGAUGAUAAGCCACUUCACCAUUUGUGAUAGCCAGGUUGCUUCUGCAAAACGGCUAGAUAGCUCAGUGAGCCGUAUCUGGUAAUAUAUAUGUUUGCUACCACUAUUGGGCUGAUCGGACCACGGGAUUAUAUAAAGUCUAUUUGUGUACAGUAUGUAUAGAACAUUGUAAGAGUUAAACGUAAGAAUUGCUUUUAAAAUAAUGACAUCUACAAUGGAUCUCAUAUCUGCAAUGUUAUGGGUUGCUGGGGUGUUAUUUGUGUGCAAAAUAUUCGUGAGCCCAUUUUUUUGGGAUGCCACAGAUAAUGGAUUCUGCCACUUGAGGAUGAUUAAAUAUUCGUUACAUAUCCUAGAUUCCAGCCGGGAACGGCAGUAAAUCGUGGAUGAAGCGGCACAGCCAUGCUGCAUUUCCUUCUGCUCCUUCAGAUGGCUUCGAACUUUAAAUUGCCCUUCAUCAAACAAGAGAGUGAAGAGGAGCCAAGCCCGGCAAUGUGUCCCGGCACAACGGUGAAGCAUGAAGACGUCGGGGCAGUCGUGAAGCAAGAAAAUGACUGGAGGCUGGGUGAUAAGAAAUGGAGGAUUGUGGUGAAAACUGAAGUGGAGGAGGACGCUCUCGAUCUGAAGAUCGUUAAAGAUGAAGGAGCCGGUGGGCCGCCAGAGGCGAUGGGGGAUUCCCGUGGAUAUUUUUACACUCCAGACCAGAACUUCAUUGAGGUGGAGUUGUCGGAGGAGGACACUGGGGAGGAAGCAGAUGAAGCGAACAAGUGGGAACCCUUGUGCGAGGAGUGUGGGGAAGGCAGACGCUUCAAAGCAAAACGCGCCAGCAGCAAGACCCCUCAAGCCUGCACGCGGUGUGGGAAGACACUUGAAGGCGCCGCCGCACUUUGCACGACAGUGACUACCGAUGGGAGGAAGCAUGUGUGCAAGGAGUGCGGGAAGGGGUUUGCGCAUCGUUCCAACUUAGAGAAGCACACGAGGACGCACACCGGCGAGAAGCCGUACGCGUGCAGCGAGUGUGGGAAGGCCUUCGCGCAACGUUCUCAAUUAAACCUCCACUCGGCGACGCACACCGGCGAGAAGCCGCACGUGUGCAAGGAGUGCGGGAAGGGGUUCGCGCACCGUUCCAACUUGGAGAAACACACGAGGACACACACCGGCGAGAAGCCGUACGUGUGCGAUGAGUGCGGGAAGGCCUUCGCGCAACGUUCUCAGUUAAACCUGCACUCUGCGACGCACACCGGCGAGAAGCCGCACGUGUGCAAGGAGUGCGGCCAGGGGUUUGCGCAUCGGUCCAACUUGGAGAAGCACACGAGGACGCACACCGGCGAGAAGCCGUACGUGUGCGACGAGUGCGGGAAGGGAUUUACACGGCGAGAGCACUUAAAGGUGCAUUGUAUCACGCACACUGCCGAGUGGCCGCACGUGUGCAGCGAGUGUGGCAAGGGCUUCGCACAACGCUCCCAGUUAGUCUUGCACUCCGCAACGCACGCCGGCGAGAAGCCACACGCAUGCCAGGAGUGCGGGAGGGGGUUUUCACGAAUCUCCUCGUUAAGGAAACAUUCCCUGAUGCACACGGGCGAGAAGCCACACAAGUGCAUGGAGUGCGCGAAGACGUUCUCCAAGCGGUCCAAUUUAGAGAUACACUGUAGGACGCACACGGGCGAAAGGCCGCACGUGUGCGAGGAGUGCGGCAAGGGGUUCACGCAGCGCUCCAACCUGGACACUCACUCCCGGACGCACACGGGCGAGAAGCCGCACGCGUGCGGCGAGUGCGGGAAACGAUUCACGCGUCACUCCAAUUUGGAGAUACACUGCAGGACGCACACCGGCGAGAGGCCGCACGUGUGCCCGGAGUGCGGGAAGGGGUUUACGGCUCACGGUGAUUUAAAUAAGCAUUCUCGAACGCACACGGGCGAGAAGCCGUUUGUGUGCGAGGAGUGCGGGAAGAAGUUCUCGAAGCGUUACAACUUAGAGGCCCACUAUAGACUGCACAGUGGGGAGAAGCCGCACAUCUGCAAGGAGUGCGGGGAGAGGUUUUCAAAGCGCUCCACAUUGGAGAAACACUCGAGGACGCACACAGGCGAGAGGCCGUACAUGUGCGAGGAGUGCGGCAAGAGGUUCACGCAGCGCUACAAUUUAGAGAUGCACUCCAGGACGCACACGGGCGAGAAGCCACACCUGUGCAACGAGUGCGGUAAGGGGUUCUCGCAGCGCUCUACUUUAAAGAAACAUUCUAUAACGCACACGGGCGAGAGGCCGCAUAUGUGCCAAAGGUGCGGCAAGGGUUUUACGACGCGCACUUACUUAAAUAAGCAUUCUGGAACGCAUGCAAGUGAGACACUAACAUCUUGAAAGGAGUGUUGGUAGGAAAUAAAAUCGCACGUUGCAAUUUAAAUGUUUCCUGUGGACACCAUAGUGGUAUGAAGCUAUAUGGUCACUUGUAUAAAAACAAAAACCCACGCAUUUAAAUAGUUAAAAAUAGUUUAUAAAUGCAUGGAUCAGAAUCUUAAGAAUCAAUUCAAUACCUGAAAUAGUUUUACGGCUAAUGUACUAUAUCUCCGACGAGCACGGUUAGCUACGUACGGUGGGAAAGAAGUUCAACAUGAAUGCGUACGUAUCUGGUCAAUGGAUGUUUGUUCUUAAUUGAUAGCUGCAUAUGACCAAAUCGCCUGGCACCUCGCAUCUGCCCAAUCACCAGAUGUUAGAAACUAAGCGAGUUUGAGCCUUGUUAGUGCUUUGAUGGGUGACCACAGUGCGCAUGCAGGUCUCUGUUGGGCUGUUGGGACACGUGGUGGGCAGCAGAGAUCCAUUCAUUCAUUCACCCCGCGUAGUCAGCGAAGGAUCCGUUGUGCAACGUGCGACAUCUUGCGACAGCAUUCGCACGAACUGCUCUUGGCCGCCAUACGCCAGCGUCUGGAGUGAUUUGUUUGAUCCUCGAAUCGCGGGGGGCGACGCCGUUCCUUUGAGGGUCGCGGUCCGCUCCGAGCGUCGACCGCCAACUGAAGUGAGAGGGCAAUUUGCUGCAGGAGUUUGCGCGUCGGGGGGGGGGAAACGUGACCAAGCAAAGUGACACAACAGCCGUCCCCCUCUCCAACUGAGCUCUCCAUCGCUCAGGAGACCGGUCCAGUCACAGAUGCUAAUGGUGACGUUUCUGCCAGAAUCGAAGCCCCCACCUAUCGGAUGCCAAGAAGGGUGUCUUUGGCAUUGCAGUGUGGAAGGGAGGACGACUAGCAGCCCGAUACCAAAUGGGCUUGAAACGAUGUCCAGGUCCCUCCGCACCGGAGUACAACACUGACUAAUCACAGCCACUGGUAGACUCUCAAAUUGGUGCAGCAGAUAGCAGUCACUGAAAUCCAUCACUCUGUAAAUGAUGAGAAAAAAACACCACAAAAGGCAAAUGUGUGGAAGCUGGAAAAAUACAUAUAAGUGACAAUCAGGAAGGGACAAUUUCCGUCAUGCCCAGCAAUGUUGUUAUUUGAU